UCCUACAGUUGCAUUAAAGGACAAAACCCCUCAUGAAUGCAUUUUCGGUGAAAAGACAGAUGUUUCUAAUCUUAAAGUCUUUGGAUGUAUGUGCUAUGUUCAUAUCCCAGACAGUAAUCGUAGAAAAUUAGACCAAAAGUCUUAUGAAGCUAUAUUUGUUGGUUAUCCUACUGGCACAAAAGGAUACAAAGUUUAUGAUGUUAAAAGAAGAAAGUUCAUGAUAAGUCGAGAUGUUCAAUUCUUAGAGAAGAAAUUUCAUAAUUUUGAGAACCCAAAGAAUGACUUUGUGUUUGAGCAGAAAGAGAGAAUUGAAGUUCCGGAUGAUGAAAAACAAACUGUUGAGUUAUUUGAUCUAGAUAGAGUUGAUGAACUUGAUGAUCAAACCUUCAACGAAGAUCAGGAUGAGUUCAGAGUGGAUCCUGUUGUUGAAACAAACAUUAACUUAAAUGAAACCAUGGAGCAGCCCGUUAAUCCCGAGAACGACGAACCAGUGGGAGAAAGUGAAACCCUAUCUACUUCGAAAACAUACGAAGAGCGGUUUAUGGAAAACGUAAAAAAUUUAGGUACUGUAAGACAGCGUAUGAUUCCGAGUAAGUUCAGAGACAAUGCAUGUCCAGUAGUCGAGUCUUUAACAUCUGAAGUUGAUGAUCCAGAAAGUGUCCAAAGAGCGCUGAAUGGGAAGUAUGCGAAGGAAUGAAAAGACGCGAUGAUCUCAGAAUAUUCUUCAUUACUAGAAAACGAUACAUGGGAAUUGGUUCCUCCCUGUGAUGAUCAAAACGUAGUCGGAUCGCGGUGGGUGCUAAAGGUAAAGCGGAAAGAAGACGGAUCAAUUGAUCGUUUCAAAGCGAGAGUUGUAGCUCAAGGAUACUCCCAAACAAAAGGAGCUGAUUAUGACGAAGUAUUUUCCCCCGUGGCCAGACAUACAUCUUUACGUACAUUACUGGCAUUAGCCAACGAAUAUGAUCUCGAAGUCCACCAAAUGGAUGUUCGAACUGCUUUUUUAAAUGGCGACAUUGAUUGCGACAUUUAUAUGCAACAACCGGAAGGUUUUGUUAAUCCAGACAAACCAGAUUAUCUUUGUAAGCUGCAGAAAAGUAUCUACGGUCUCAAACAGUCUGCACGCUGUUGGAAUGACACGCUCGAUGGAUACUUAAAGUCGAGAGGAUACAGAAAAAGUGGUGCAGAUGGUUGCAUUUAUGUUAAAUCGGUUAAAAAGGACGGUGGUCGAAUAAGUUUUGUGAUACUCGGAGUUUGCGUGGACGAUAUAAUUCCAGUUUCCAACGAUAUCCAAAUGGUGAAUUCAGAGAAGAAAGCGCUCAGCGAAAGAUUUAAGAUGGAUGACAGAGGUGAAGUUCAUUACCUAUUGGGAAUGCUGAUUAAACGAGAUCGAGAAGCCAGAGUUACUACAAUCAGUCAGCGUAAUUACGUGGAACGAGUCCUAAGCAAAUUCGGAAUGGAAUCAUGUAAACCGGUUUCAACACCACUGGAACCUGGGACAAAGUUUUCAGAGUUGUCAAAUGAGGAUGAAAAAUUUGACACACAAACAUACCAGCAAGCGAUUGGAUGCCUAACCUAUCUUUCAGUGAUUUCAAGACCAGAUAUCUCAGCUGCAGUGGGAGCACUUUCACAAUUUAUGGCAAAACCUAGCAAAGAUCAUUGGAUCGGGGUGAAACGUGUAUUACGAUAUCUUAAAGGAACUUUAGAUUAUGGCCUGAAAUACUCAGCAGAUGAAAACCCUACACUAGUCGGUUAUUCAGACUCUGACUGGGCAGGAGAUAUUAAUACUCGUCGAUCAACAUCAGGUUAUGUAUUUCAAGUUGCUAAUAGCACAGUUAGUUGGUCGAGCAAAAGGCAGAGGACAGUCGCGAAGAGUUCAACAGAAGCAGAAUAUAUUGCCUUAAGUUUAGCCACGCAAGAAGCGAUAUGGUUACAAAGACUGUUAUAUGACGUUGGAUUUAAAAUCAGAAAACCGAUAACAAUCUUCGAAGACAACCAAGGAACAAUAGAAUUGGCGAAGAAUGCCAAAUAUCAUAAUAGAACGAAACAUAUUGACAUUUGCCAUCAUUUCGUUCGAGAACGUGUUCAGUCGAAGGAGAUCAAUGUAGUAUAUUGUCGAACAGAUGAUAUGAAAGCAGACAUACUAACAAAAGGAUUAGCAAGAUCAAGUUAUGAAAAGUUAAGGGACUUGAUUGGGAUUACAUCUGUUUAA